UUAUCCCGCACUAACGUGCAUACAAAACAGGCCGAGCAUAAAACAUCUUUUAUAGGCCUAUAGCCACAGUAGUAAAAAGACACUGUAAACAACCGUGUAGUUUGCGAGUGUACUGCUAUAAAACGAUACGUGCCGGAUGUGCAAGGAAGGUCUAAGGACCUGCCCACGCUGUAUUUGCGAAACACUCCAAGGGUAUCGUGCUCCGCUGAGACGUUUGGUGGACAAGCAAAUCCAUACAGCAAGGACUCUGUGGAACAACAUGGGACACUUCAAGGUCCCGUGCAAUACUGAUGCAUCAGGUGACUUUGUGAUCUCUCACUAGUCCCAACACACCCAACUUCGAACAAGGGUCCAACCAAUUGUACGAAUAUAAGUCUGGAUAACCGAAAACCAGUGGCCGAUUAUGGCUUGGCCUGUCAACAACGCAACGACCUCGUGGAUACCAGACACCAAUGCGACAGACGACCCCGGCUCGGUCGGUGCCGUCAACUUGGCCAACACAAUCCAGACAUACUGCAUCGUGUUCAUCGGACUCUUUCUGAACAUUCUGGCGGCUGUGGCGUGGAGCAAGCCGGGCUGCUCCCGACGCCAUCGCACUUGCGCCACCAUCACACGGGCCACUUUGGUAUGGGUGGACCUACUCUCGAUAACCGGGUACAUCAUACGCGGGGGGCUCACGCCCGUGUUGAAACAAUUCAACUACGACUUAUACUGUGACAUCUUCGGUUUCACCAACAUCACGUUCUCGCUGACUUCUGGAUUCAUAGCAGGCGUCAUGUCAGUCGAUCGCUUCGGAGCGCUGACAUCACCCUUCACGUACCGAGCCCGCUUCACUCCGCGGCGGAUUACAGUGGUUAUUUUGCUGUUGGUCAUUUUUUCCACCAUUGUGGGAUCGUUGCCAUUUGUCGGCAUCGGCUCCUACCACACCGUCGACUACUUCCACGGCAAGACCGUGUGCAAGCUGGCCUGGUACCCGGACGAGCCGCCGCUCUUCGUGCUACAUUUCGCCGUGUACCAGGUCGUAGGCUGGUGCCUGUUGCUCGUGGUGGUGAUGUGCAAUGUCGGGGUGAUCAGGACCCUGCUGAGCAUGAAGAAACACGUGGCCUCCGCUGGUACCCAGCCCAGCAACAUGGACACCAAACAGGAGGUGCGCUUUGUGAGGACUAUGAUGCUGAUUACGCUGUUUUUCGCCCUCUGCUGGGUACCAUGGAUGAUAACAACCAUCUUGAUCAAAGUUGGAUCGGAGACGACUCUGCAGGGGGACCUGCUAGCCACUCGCCUACUCCUGGCCAACAGCGCUUUCGACCCCUUAAUCUUCAUGGUUACCAGCGAGGCCUUGUGCUCCCGCGUCCGCAAAUGGACCACGCGGUUGUUACGACGGCUUUUUCGUGUGACCCGAACGGACAGCGUGCUGCAGCUGAAUUCUGCAGCGGCCAAAGAAAACACUGACGCUACCACGUGUCCCACUACAGGCUUUGGUAAGUUCCAAGUGACCACAACAUCGAGUCUGUCAAGUCUGAAUCAGACCAUCGGGCCUGUCAUCACGGUGACGGAGGCACCGAGCAGCACGGGCGAUCUGCCGAGCUGUGACGGCUCACCUACUGGAGGAAGCGCGGUCAUGAGACAGGAGUUCGGCGCCUCCACUGAAAGUCUGGUACCCUGGCCCUGAGAUGAUGUAGAGGUGCUUGAGUGAAGAACAACCCAAAAACCGUGAUUCAAAUUUGGGACGGUGACGCUACGGUAACUUGGAUGUUUCCGGAGGGGUGUUGGCUGGGGUGUUGAAGUCCAAGAUGUUUUUCAAGAUGGAGGGGCGAGGCGUUGCACUCAAUGCACAAGCAAAACCAAAGGCCUGAAGCAGUGAAUCAAUAUUGCAGUAACUAUUGAGCGAUGAAGUGAUAUCAAUGAAAUGAAGGAAUUUUUGAAUCUUUUUUUUUUCAUUAUGUAAAUAGUUUGCAAUGGUCUGUCGGGAUAUGGAUUGGAGUGGCUACCCACCCUAGCCUGCCCCAUAAGAUCCGCAAAUGGGUGUGGAGUCAUAAAAAAACACGUCGUCUAAAACUUUCUUAGUGGUUCACGCAUUAUAGUGACUGGUAAGCCGCUGUGUGGAACCACUCAACCUCGUGCACUAAAUCGAUGUUGAUGGACGGAUUUGAAUAUUAGAAACGGUGAAUUUGAAACGACAAUUUUUUUUUUAAAAGCCAGAAAACCUAUGUUUUCAUGUAGCGGAAAAAAUUAAAACUAUGUGAGCAAAAUGCAAACUAACAUGGAUACAAUGACAUGUGUGCGUUGGUUCCAUUUCGUGAACACUAAUCUAUCAUUUUGAAUGUUAUCAGAAUCCCGAGUUGCCAUGGGAUUGGACUCACGAACUCGACCUAAUGAUAAAUAACGUGAAUGCUCUCCUUUUUCAAUCAGCAUUGUGUGUUACACUGUUAUGUAUAUGCCUGCGUCUUGAUUUUGAGU